AUGUAUAUGGCAUAUGGAUAUCCGCAGGUGAUUCCAUUAGAGCAAGGGCAGUAUCCCACGUCGCAAAAGAUCAUUUACCUAAAACUCAUUAACCGACUCUUGCUCGUCGUUUCGCCUUUGCAUCUCGAGCUAUGGAGUUCCUCCCAGCAUAGAGUGAGGUUAGGGAGCUAUAAGAGAGAUGCGGAUUCGCUGAAACGAGAAGGCGAGAAUUUGCAGGCCGUUUGGAGCCCUGACACCAAAUUGAUUGCGGUUCUUACUUCAUCUCUCUUUCUUCACAUUUUUAAGGUCCAGUUUACUGAGAGAAAAGUACAAUUAGGGGGGAAGCAACCCUCUGGUCUGUUUCUAGCUAUGAUAACUCGAGUUCUGAAUGAACAAGUGCCUUUUGCUGAAAAUAAUUUGGCCGUGAGCAAUAUUGUGAGUGAUAACAAACAUAUGCUAUUGGGGCUUUCUGAUGGAUCUUUAUAUAGUAUCUCUUGGAAGGGGGAGUUUUAUGGAGUUUUUGGACUGGAUUCCUCCCAACACAAUGAGAAUGAAGUUGCUACAUUAUCACUUUCUCCAGUUAAUUUUACUGCCUCUGGAGAGGACGACAGUUCUCUUGCCUCGAAUAAUGUCUCCAAGAAAGCUGCUAUAGCGCAAUUGGAGUUUUGUGUUUUGAUGAGGCUGCUGUUAGUCUUAUAUUCUGAUGGACAACUAGUUUCAUUCACUGUGAGCAAGAAAGGUUUAAAGGCAGGUGAAUCUAUUAAACCUGAAAAAAAUGGAAAUGGCGAUGCUGUAUGUACUUCAGUUGCUGGAGAUCAACUAAUCCUUGCCGUUGGUACCAGAAGAGGUGUUGUUGAGUUAUAUGACUUGGCUGACUCUGGGUUGCUCAUUCGUACCCUCUCCUUAUAUGACUGGGGAUAUACAAUGGAAGACACUGGUUCUGUCAGUUGUAUUGAAUGGACACCAGAUAAUUCUGCUUUUGCAGUUGGGUGGAAGUUAAGAGGACUUACAGUUUGGUCUGUUUCUGGAUGUCGUCUAAUGUCAACCAUCCGUCAAAUUGGUUUGAGUUCUGCUUCUUCUCCAGUAGUUAAGACAAACCAAUAUUGUAAAUAUGAGCCAUUGAUGGGCGGUACCUCAUUAAUGCAGUGGGAUGAAUAUGGAUAUAGGCUUUAUGCUAUUGAGGAGGGAUCGUUGGAGAGAAUUCUUUCAUUUUCUUUUGGAAAAUGUUGCCUUAGUAGAGGAGUAUCGGGAAUGACUUAUGUCCGUCAAGUGAUUUAUGGUGAAGAUAGAUUGCUUGUUGUGCAGUCAGAAGAGACUGAUGAGCUAAAGAUGCUACAUUUAAACCUUCCAGUUUCUUAUAUUUCACAUAACUGGCCUGUUCAGCAUGUGGCAGCAAGCAAGGAUGGAAUGUAUUUAGCAGUUGCUGGUCUCCAUGGGUUGAUUUUAUAUGAUAUAAGACUAAAGAAGUGGCGAGUGUUUGGAGAUAUCUCUCAGGAACAGAAGAUUCAGUGCAAAGGCCUAUUAUGGCUGGGGAAGAUCGUUGUUGUCUUCAACUACAUUGAUUCUUCGAACAUGUAUGAGUUGCUUUUUUAUCCUCGAUAUCACCUUGAUCAGAGCUCACUACUCUGUCGUAAACCAUUGCUUGCAAAGCCAAUGGUAAUGGAUGUCUACGAAGAUUACAUACUAGUCACUUAUUGCCCUUUUGAUGUACACAUAUUCCAUGUGAAGUUAUCUGGUGAACUGACACCAUCUAGUACUCCGGAUUUACAGCUUUCUACAGUAAGAGAACUCUCGAUCAUGACUACAAAGAGCCAUCCUGCAGCUAUGCGUUUUAUUCCUGAUCAAAUUCCAAGAGACAGUGCCCUUGACAAUCAUAACUCAUCUUCUUCAAACUUGUUAGCCCGAGAGCCUGCAAGAUGUCUGAUACUGAGAACGAAUGGGGAGCUUUCAUUACUUGAUUUGGAUGAUGGAAGGGAAAGGGAACUCACCAAUUCGGUUGAACUAUUUUGGGUUACAUGUGGUCAAUCAGAAGAGAAAACAAAUCUAAUUGAUGAUGUCUCCUGGUUGGACUAUGGCUACAGAGGAAUGCAGGUUUGGUAUCCAUCUUCAGGUGUUGACUCAUUUAAACAGGAGGACUUUUUGCAGUUGGAUCCAGAUCUGGAAUUUGACCGCGAGGUGUACCCUUUGGGGCUUCUUCCAAAUGCUGGGGUUGUGGUUGGCGUGUCUCAAAGAAUGUCAUUUUCAGCAUGCACAGAAUUUCCAUGUUUUGAGCCAACUCCCCAAGCUCAAACUAUAUUGCAUUGCCUACUCCGACAUCUCCUUCAGAGGGACAAAAGCGAGGAGGCUUUACGUUUGGCAAAAAUAUCAGCAGAGAAGCCUCAUUUUUCACAUUGUUUAGAGUGGCUACUUUUCACCGUAUUUGAUGCUGAGAUUUCAAGGCAAAAUGUGAAUAAAAACCAGGUCUCAGUCCAGAAACAGAAUGUCUCUCUUUUGGAGAAGACCUGUGAUCUGAUCAGAAAUUUUCCGGAGUAUCUUGAUGUGGUUGUGAGUGUUGCAAGAAAAACUGAUGGUAGAUAUUGGGCCGAUCUGUUCACUGCUGCAGGAAGAUCUACAGAGUUGUUUGAAGACUGCUUCCAACGGAGAUGGUACCGCACUGCAGCAUGCUACAUUCUUGUAAUUGCCAAACUUGAAGGUUCUGCUGUUAGUCAGUAUUGUGCUCUGCGCUUAUUGCAGGCAACUCUAGACGAAUCAUUAUAUGAGCUUGCUGGAGAGCUGGUGAGGUUCUUGUUGAGGUCAGGGAGAGAUUUUGAGCAAUCAUCUACAGAUUCAGACAAAUUAUCCCCUAGAUUCUUGGGCUAUUUCCUUUUCCGUUCUAGUUUCAGUAGAUCAUCAUUAGAUAAAAGCCCUUCGGUCAAAGACCAGAGUGCUCAUAUUGCUUCCGUCAAGAACAUAUUGGAAAAUCAUGCUAGCUAUUUGAUGUCAGGAAAGGAACUUUCCAAGCUUGUUGCAUUUGUAAAGGGCACUCAGUUUGAUUUAGUGGAAUAUCUUCAACGAGAAAGAUAUGGUUCUGCUAGGUUGGAGAAUUUUGCAUCAGGGCUUGAAUUGAUUGGGCAAAAGCUGCAAAUGGGAAUGUUACAGAGCAGGUUGGAUGCUGAAUUCCUCUUGGCUCAUAUGUGCUCUGUCAAGUUCAAGGAGUGGAUAGUUGUUCUUGCCACUCUUUUAGGGCGAUCUGAGGUUCUUUUUGAUCUUUUCCGGCAUGAUAUGCGGUUGUGGAAAGCAUAUAGUAUGACAUUGCAGUCUCAUCCAGCAUUUGCUGAAUACCAUGAUUUGCUUGAUGAUUUGGAAAAGAAACUUUCAACAACUGCAAAUUCGGAAGAUAAAUGAGGAAGGUAUCGAAUAUAAACUGGAAAAAAAAUCAAGUGGAAUGCCGGGCGAAAGAGGACCAAUAUUCUCGAAAGUAUUGUUCAACCAAGCAAAGAGGAUCAGUGGAAAUCAAGUCUUGCAAAUGAUUAGGCCCCGUUACAGUUGAUCUUUGUAUCUCAUUAGAAUCACAAAAAAAAUGUUCUUUGUAGAUAUAGAGGGUUAAGCAUCAUAGGGAUUCAUGUCAUGCUCAGUUGCAUGCAUUUUUGUUUUGCUCUAAUCUACUAUUAUUCACAUUAUUUAUAACGUAUUAUUGCAUGUAUAAAUGUUUAUAAAAAUAAGCCGAGUCAACCA